AUGGUGUCUUUCAAAACAGUCUUUUCUCUAUCUUCGCAGGAGGUUGAUGCUGCGGCACCUCCUGGAACGAUCCAGAUUCAUCGGGAAGAAGAAGACGGCCGCCACACUUUGAGCCCUACCGAUGACCCUCAAGAUCCUCUCAAUUUUCCAACAUGGAGCAAGAUUACCGCUCUGCUUGUCGUUUCAUUAUAUGCGUUUGUCACCAACUUUACCUCUGGUGUCAUCGCACCCGCGUUUCAGCUUUGGCCCAUGAUAUUUCCUAAAGACCCGAGAAGUCUUUCUGAGCUUUCUACCUUGAUGGCUAUCAAUGUUCUCUUUCUUGGCGCAGGAAACAUUUGGUGGGUGCCACUGUCGAAUUGGAUGGGCCGCCGACCUGUUCUUAUCAUUGCAACACUUCUCCUCACUUUCAGUACACUUUGGUGUGGACUUGCGACUUCAUAUGACUCUCUACUUGCUGCCAGAGCUUUUCAGGGUAUGGGUGGCGCGGCAGCAGACUCUGUUGCGCCCGCUUUAGUUGGAGAUAUGUUUCCCGUCCAUCAACGUGGUCGUGCUAUGGCUGUCUAUACCAUCAUGUUGGUUGUUGGACCACUUGCAGGUGGCAUCUCUGGAGGCUACAUCGCUUAUCAGCAGGGCUGGAAAAUGAUCUUUUGGGUUGGGCUUGCAUUAUCUGCAGCUUGUCUGGUUGGUGUCAUCUUCUUUGUCCCUGAGACUCUAUACACCAGAAACGCACCGAUUGAGGGCGUGACCCAAGAGUCUGAUAAGCAAGCUCAGUUUGGAAACAACGAGCACGUCGAGGAUAAGAACAACACCACAGUCGGUGAGCGGCAGACCACAAAGCCAUUCACAUACGUACAGUCGCUGGGUUUCAUCAAGCCUCAUGGAAGUCUACUCAAGCAAUUUAUUCAACCCUGGCGAACCCUCGCUCUACCUGGUACUUGGGUAGUCAUGCUCCACUACGCCGGUUUGGUCGGAGGCAUCGUGUCUAUCUCGACCAUCGGACCGCAGAUUGUAGCCAGCCCACCUUAUCUCUGGAAAGCAAACGCAGGCUUGAUCAAUAUUGGUGCUCUCAUCGGCGGUAUCGUUGGAUACAUCUACACUCAUAUGCUCGCUGAUGGUCAAUUGGUCAAGAAAGCGAGCAAGAAGCGCCAUGGUGUUGCCGAGGCCGAAGAUCGUCUGCCUACCUUAUUCUUCCCGCUCUUUGUAGCGACAGGCGGACUGCUCGUUUUUGGAUUCUGUGCUCAACAUCCAGGAGGGAAUAUGUGGAUUGGAUUGCAAUUCGGAUAUGGAAUGCUUACAUUUGGUUUGAUGCAAGUUCCCUCUGUUGGGUUCAACUAUCUCAUCGACUCGUACCACUCUUUGGCUGCUGAUUGUUUCACAAUGGUCACUAUCCUCCGUGCAAUCAUUGCGUUUGCAUGGACAUUUUUCGUGGCUGAUUGGAUUCAUCAAAAAGGACCUGCUGAGCCAUUUGGUAUUUUUGGACUUUUGCUAGGAAUCUUUUCCUUGUUGACAGUUCCGCUUUGGAUGUUUGGAAAGCGAAUGAGAAUUGCGACAGCGGAAAGGGUCCUUCGUUGGCAGGGAUUCUAA